AUGGUCGCUUCCCCGUAUCGUCGCCUCCCCGUCUCGCCGCCUCCCCGUCUCGCCGCCUCCCCGUCUCGCCGCCUCCCCGUCUCGCCGCCCCCACGUAUCGUCGCCAACCACGUAUCGUCGCCACCACGUAUCGUCGCCUCCACGUCUCGCCGCCUCCACGUCUCGCCGCCCCCACGUAUCGUCGCCAACCACGUAUCGUCGCCUCCACGUAUCGUCGCCUCCACGUAUCGCCGCCUCCACGUCUCGCCGCCUCCACGUCUCGCCGUCUCCACGUCUCGCCGUCUCCACGUAUCGCCGCCUCCCCGCCUCGCCGCCUCCUCGUAUCGCCGCCUCCACGUAUCGCCGCCCCCACGUAUCGCCGCCCCCACGUAUCGCCGCCCCCACGUAUCGCCGCCCCCACAUAUCGUCGCCUCCACAUAUCGCCGCCUGCCCGUCUCGCCGCCUCCACGUAUCGCCGCCCCCACGUAUAGCCGCCCCCACGUAUCGCCGCCCCCACGUAUCGUCGCCUCCACGUAUCGCCGCCUGCCCGUCUCGCCGCCUCCACGUAUCGCCGCCUCCACGUAUCGCAGCCUCCACGUAUCGCCGCCUCCCCGUCUCGCCGCCUCCACGUAUUGUCGCCAACCACGUAUCGUCGCUCCCACGUAUCGUCGCCUCCACAUCUCGCCGCCUCCACGUCUCGCCGCCUCCACGUCUCGCCGUCUCCCCGUCUCGCCGCCUCCCCGUCUCGCCGCCUCCACGUAUCGCCGCCCCCACGUAUCGUCGCCAACCACGGAUCGUCGCCUCCACGUAUCGCCGCCUCCACGUAUCGUCGCCUCCACGUUUCGCCGCCUCCACGUCUCGCCGCCUCCACGUCUCGCCGUCUCCACGUCUCGCCGUCUCCACGUCUCGCCGUCUCCACGCAUCGCCGCCUCCCCGUCUCGCCGCCUCCACGUAUCGUCGCCAACCACGUAUCGUCGCCAACCACGUAUCGUCGCCAACCACGUAUCGUCGCCAACCACGUAUCGCCGCCUCCACGUAUCGCCGCCUCCACGUAUCGCUGCCUCCCCGUCUCGUCGCUUCUCCGUUUCGUCGCAUCAACUUCCCUGCAGUGCACCGAGCUACAGAGUCCUCAGUUCCGAUCAAGAUAAAGAAGUGCUUUCUACAAAGGAAGAACAGACAGCGGGCUGUGCUAUGUUACAGGAUAGGAAACAAUCCUGGCUGUCAUAA